AUGAGUGUCAUAACAGCAACAUCCCAACGAGCCCCCGUGACUUUCCAAAACGCCUCCGACUACGACCAAAAGUACUCCGUUGCAAUCCAAGACGUUCCUCCUCGGAGAAGCUCGUCUGCAUCAGUCUCUUCAUAUACCAGUAACUAUAGCAGCAGCACAUACAGCACUACUCCGCCAACCGUCUAUUCUCCUACUUCCCCCAAACAGGCUUCAUAUCGAGGAUUUAGGCAGCACUCCGUCGACUCGCAGCAGCAGCCUCCUCCUACUCCGACUAUUCCUCCUGUGUUUUUGUCCUUACCGUCGUCAUCACGUCAGCCGAAUGAGCCCGCCAUCAAAUUCUUGCCGCCGGCAGUGUAUGAUUGUAUAUUGAGACAAUUGCAGGAUUUGCAUGAAGCGCCAGAGAAUUAUCAGUAUGGUUGCACGACAUGUUUCCAACGAGAUUUACAUGCCUUGGCCCUCACAAGCCGGACUUGGGAGAGGAAUGUGAGGAGUAAACUGUAUAACUAUAUCCACAUUCACGGCUCCGAUUCACCAGCGCAAUUGAAGAAAUAUCGACUCAAACGCGGCAGUCGACUGAAACUGUUAAGGCGCACGUUACGAGAACGAAAGUUAUUAGCGAAUUUGGUCCUUGAACUGCGAAUCCCUGAGGUAGAUAUUUCUCCAACCGCGGCAAAUGGCAAGAUGAAUCCACAGUGGGAGGACUAUCGUGACUUGGUAGCCUCUGUUGUCAUGGUCUGUCCGAAUUUGGAACGUCUGCUCGGGUUCAAUAUGUCGUUUCAUCAUGAAUUUGAUCGUUUGACGUAUGCUUUGUCGACGAGGAAACGGCUUAAAGAGCACCAAUGGAUUCUUGGAGAGCCGGUUGAUAGCACAAGUUCGACUGCCAACGAGACACCAAGGAAUGCAUCGCCGACGAAGAUAACGAGAACACCGGGAAAGUCUCUCGAGCCGCAGCAAGCCUUUGAAUUCCUUCACUACCAUUCGUGUUGGAGCAAUUUGGAAACUCUUAUGCUCCAUUCACUCAACAUGGGCGGUGUACUUGAGCAUGGCAUAUUCUUAAGAGUGUUUAACCGUCUUCCUGCUCUACGAAAUUUGUGUAUUUCCUCUUUUGAUGCCGACGCUUUCACGGAUCGUACUCUUCAGUUCUUACCGCCACUUGAGUCGUUACGUCUGGAGAACCUGCGAGGAGUCACAGACGGAGGUAUAGCACAAUACGUAUCACGACCAGAAGCACGCACAAUUCGUUCGUUGACAUUGAUUGAGCAGAAUAUUGGUUCUCUCUUGGUGAUUUCCAAGAUUUUUGCGUCCCUGAGGACGCUCGAAAAAUUCAAUUUCGUCCAGUCAACACGGUUGCCUAUUCUUCCACCUGAAGCCAUGAUCUUUCAACCCAUUCUUGCAUCAGCGAGCCUGAAACAACUGCAUUGGGACGUGACUGGACCCGACUCUGCAGCUGGACUAGGCAAGUUGUUGGACUCCCUACCCUUUGUGAUGCCUCAUAGAUCACACGAUUCGCCGAAUUUCCAUCUAGCUCAGAGCAUUCUUUACUCCGGGUUUCCCCAUCUUACAGAGCUGCGAGCUCCUUCAGAUAUUGAGCCACCCGGUAUUCUCCAGUCUGUUUGUCGACCUGUACCCCACGGACAGGCUUUGAUUCCAUCGGAUCGGUACAGUCUACCACGAAGUUCUCACGGUUCAGUCAGCACACGACCCUUGGCUUUGCCGGCUGGGAACAAUUUGACAUCAGCCCGGAUCCGGGCCCAGACAUUUAUAGACAUGGCCGCAAAGGACAGCGAGGCUGGUAUGAAGGUGCUUGUGACUGAUCACUCCGAUUCAUAUGUCCCCGAUAGCGCCUUGGAAGGCGACGAAUCAGACGAUGGCUCAGACGAUGAAGAUGAAGCAAGCAAAGAUCUCUUCGGAGGUGCCUAUCCAGGAGUCCAAAAUCCAGAGUUCUCAACAGAGCCCGCCGACAAUCUGGAUGCAAAUGGACAUAAGAAAGUCUUUGAAUUCCGCAUGCCGGCAAUCAUGGGCAUUGUGCGUGCCGUAAUGCCUCACGAUAAAGCCGGACUCGGGUCAAUACCACGCUUCAAUCUCCAACCGGAUGUUCGUGGCAUCGACUCAGAUGGAGGUCUGCUUGGAUGGAAGCAUCUGCUUGGCCCCGUACAAAUGAGUAGCAGCAAUACAGCCCAACACCAACAACAACAAUCAUUCUCGACACACAAUACAUCCUACUCAUCCUCCUCCUCAACGACGAGUCCGACAGACCUGAAACGAAGCGAAAGUGACCUCAGCACAACGGAUUCCAUCGUCUCACCCACAACAUCAACAGCAUCCCGCCUAGCGAGCUGGAGUUUUGGCUCUCGCUCUAAUAAUAAUAGUAAUAAUAAUUCAACAUCGUCUGCUUCAGCGGCAAUGAUACCGUCACCAACAACACCGGCUUUCCCCACGACCCCAAUAACAUACUCCUUCACCCCGGCAACGACCAAUUCCCCCUGGGGAAGAGAUACGUGUAACGGAGCAUGGAACUCAGGACAUCCCAAGGAUUGGUGGAUGCAUUUUGAGCGCGAACGACAGCAUAGUAUGGACGUUAUUGAUGUUAAGAGAUUCUUUUAGCUCUCUCUUGACUUUAUGGUAUAUACAUUACUCACUUAUCACCUUCUUUUCUCUCCUGCAUAUUGAGUAAUUAUAUUCUGUUUCUUGUCGGCUUUUAUUUGUAUACCCUUUUUUUUCUUUUCGUUUACUCAGGUACAUAACCUUGAACAUAUGCGGCGUUGGCUGAUUCGAAUAAUUGGGAUCGAGAUCACUUGUUUACUAAAUUCGGGUUGAAACUUUUGACAUACUUUCUUUGCUUUUCUUAUUCAUAUUGUAUUCCUGUGUAUGUCUAUAUUCUUUCUUUCCGACUUUUGCGUAUAGCUUUCGUUUGUCGAUCCAUGGAUGUACGGCUAUUAAGAAGAAAAAAGGUCUACUCU